UCCUAAACAGCUGAGUCUCGCUGAGUCAUAGCUUUCAGUUUUAGUUCUUAUAUAGUGUUCAGGCAUCAGCUUGUCUUUAGUUUUAGAGUUAAUGUGUGCAAAGAACUAACACAAUGCUGGAUUAUUCUGUUUUCGUAAACCUGCUUACACUGGUUCUGUCCGCGGGGAUACUAAAAAGAGAGGAUGUAAAAGUGUCACUAGGGGAAGAUGCGACAUUUUCGUGCGAACGUCCGGGCGCCAAUGGAGUAAAGCAGGUUAUAUGGCAGCAGCACAGAGAUGACACCUUGCGCAAUAUGGUCACUUUCACCGAGCGCUCUAAACCCCAGGUGGACGAUGCCUUUGUCGGCAAAGUGAACGUCGUCUUGGCGUCAAUCCAAACAACUACUAUCGUGAUAAAGAACGUGACCUUCGCAGAUGAAGCCUGCUAUGUCUGUACCUUCAGUGUUUAUCCGUCUGGAACCGAGAGGGAGACAUCAUGCCUCACUGUACAUGGUUUAUCAGAAGUCACAUCACAGUUUUCGGGUAAACAAAAGGACAAGGACUUUGUUGUCUCUUGCUCAGCCUCUGGUAAACCUAAACCAGUGAUCAGCUGGUGGUCUGAAGAGGAAGAACUGCGUGAUUACUCAGCAGAGACUUCCAUAGUACACAAUGAAGACAGUACAGACACAACUACAAGCAACCUCACAAUUCCCCAUUUAAAAUUCGGUGGAAAAUACGUGAAAUGUUUGGCUAAAAGUGGCAAUACAGAGAGGAAUAUAAACAUUAUUGUGGAUCAACCGAUAGAUAAAGAGACUCCAGUGGCAUCCAGAUAUUACAUUUUGUCUGCUGUCGUCAUGAUCAGCUGUGCUAUCGUUGUUACCAGUUGUGUUAUUAUUUUUCACCGAAAUCAGAGAAGUAGGUACUGUAGCAGGACAUUUCUUAGUCAUUUGAGCAUCUUGUGAUUUUUUUAUAUGGUUAUGAUGAUCACUGAAAGCUGAACUAUAUUGAACUAGUGUUAAAUUGAAAAGAAACAGCAAACUCUCCAUGAAUAAUUCCGGUAAAAAGCAUUUUUGCACAUGACCUAUAAUUCAGACAUGAAAACAAACUUUGUUCUGUCUGAUAAAUACAGUCACAUGUUCUCUAUUCUUUAUAGUCUGACAAAAUUAUUCUUAUAUUUGUAGAAUAAUUAUAAUUAAAUUGAGAAUUGAUCAGCCUGAUUUUAAUCAUUGCUUGACUGCAAAAAAAUCUGUUUGCAUAUCCAGAUUUGUUUAGUCCUUAUUAAUUAACUGUUAAUUAAAAGAAAAAUAUUUACAUUUGAUGCCAUUUACCACAAUCAGUAUACUGAUAUACUGAUAUACUGAUAUAGUAUUUAUUAAAAUAAUAUGCUGCUUGGGGCAUAGAAAAAAGCUAGCUAGCUGUUUUCACAUUUCUGUGUCUCCCGUGCUGAAUGUUAGGAUAGAUGAGUAUUUAUUUUAUUUAAUCUUUUCCCCCUUGAGCUGUGGUUUGAACAGGAGAACUAACAGAGCUAUUUGUAAUUAAACCUAUGUACUGUAUAACCUUUUUCCUAUAUUGUAUUAUGAGCUUCCUUGUAAUUGAAUCUUAUCAUAUUUUUUGCAGAACAUGAAAAACACCUUAUUGAGAUCAUCUGAUAUCAAAACUUUAAUGUAUUCUGGCCAUUAUGCUGUAUGAGGUCAUUGGAAAACAGCUGGAAACUAAAGAUUGAUUAUAUUGUGUUCCAAACUUUACCUGGAAUCGAAAGCACUUUAUUCACAGAAAGCAGUCCAAGCAUAUUUAUUAACAAAUGGAUUUAUUUUUGUUAAAUUAUUUUCGUAUCGUUUCACUGGAUAUUUAAAUGUAAAUAUAUUUAAAUAAAUAAAUUAUGAUGUGUGUGAAUAUGUAACUAA